UUGUGCCUGCAGCGGUGUGCUGUGCUGUUGGUUUGUGCUCGGUCAGAAGUGUGAGCUUCAGCGGUCAGUCAUGGCGAAAGCCUCGGGUCAGCACCUGGUCCUGGAGAACUUCAUCGGAGGGAAGUUUGUUUCCUGUCGGAGCCACAUCGACUCCUUCGACCCGUCCACCGGGGAGGUGUACUGCAAAGUCCCGGACAGUGGCAGGGAGGAGGUGGAGGCAGCGGUGGCGGCAGCUAAAGAUGCUUUCCCUGAAUGGUCCGCCCGCAGCCUGGAGCAGCGUGCGCAGAUCCUCAACAAGCUGGCCGACCUGAUCGAUUCCCAUCUGGAGGAGUUUGCCCAAGCUGAGUCCAGAGACCAAGGUAAAACAGUAACGUUUGCUCGGACUGUGGACAUCCCCCGAUCAGCGCACAACUUCCGCUUCUUCGCGUCGUCAGUGCAGCACCACACCACUGACUGCAGCCAGAUGGACCACAUGGGCUGCCUCAACUACACCAUCCGCUGUCCAGUUGGAGUGGCGGGUCUGAUAAGCCCCUGGAACCUCCCCUUGUACCUGCUGACGUGGAAGAUUGCCCCGGCGAUCGCCAUGGGGAACACGGUGGUGGCCAAACCCAGUGAGAUGACCUCUGUGACGGCCUGGAUGAUGUGCAAGUUGAUGCAGGAGGCUGGAGUUCCUCCAGGAGUCGUCAACAUGGUGUUUGGCACUGGCCCGAGAGCAGGCGACGCCCUCGUGGGCCAUCCUGACAUCCCAUUGGUCUCCUUCACUGGCUCCACAGCAACCGCCCAGCGCAUCACAGAGCGCAGCGCCCCCUACUGUAAGAAGCUCUCACUGGAGCUGGGGGGUAAAAACCCGGCCAUUAUUUUUGCUGACGCAGACCUGGACAAGUGUAUCGAGACCACGGUUCGCUCCAGCUUCUCCAACCAGGGAGAAAUCUGUCUGUGCACCAGUAGGAUCUACGUAGAGAGGAGUAUCUACCCUGAGUUCCUGGAAAGAUUUGUGGCUGCAGCCAAGAAGUGGAAGACCGGCGUGCCCUCUGACCCCAGCAGCAACAACGGAGCUCUCAUCAGCAAAGAGCACCUGGAGAAGGUUCGAGGCUUCGUAGAGCUCGCGAAAUGCGAAGGUGGCAUCGUCCACUGUGGCGAGGGAGUCGACAAGCUGGACCUGCCCGAGCAAAACAAAUCCGGCUACUUCAUGCCGGCCACCAUCAUCUCGGGCAUAUCUGAGAGCUCUCGCGUCACGCAGGAGGAGAUCUUCGGCCCUGUCACCUGCGUCAGCCCCUUCGACACAGAGGAUGAAGCUGUCUCCAAGGGCAACGGCGUGCGUUACGGGCUGGCCGCCACAGUGUGGUCCCGAGAUGUGGGGAGGGUUCACCGUGUGGCCAAGCGGAUACAGGCGGGUUUAGUUUGGACCAACUGCUGGCUGGUGAGAGAUCUGAACCUACCCUUUGGAGGGAUGAAGAACUCUGGUGUGGGGAGGGAGGGAGGGAAGGAUUCCUACCAUUUCUUCACGGAGGUUAAGUGCGUCACGAUCAAACACUAAUCGAUCAAACAAGAGAUUUUUCCUUCCAUGCUCUCUCCGAUUAGUGAAGCUGGUAAUGAAAACACAUUUGAAGAAAAAAAAAUCUCUUAACCACCCCCUGGUGGCAGUAUUGGUCUUAAACCUUGCUUCCUCCAUGUUAGUGAACAGGCCUUGGACCACACUAAAAAUCCAAAAUACAUCUCAAAUACAUUUCUGUCAUUUUCAAUAGUUCUUAUCACACUAAAGUAUGUUAUGUUGGUUUUAAUUAGUUAUAUGAUGCUAAAAAAAAGGGUGAAAUGUCAUGAUUAACAGCUGAGAUUGACUCAUGAUUUUGCCACAGCAGCUUCAUCCCCCAAAAGCUUCGGCACAGACUCUCCAAAUGUCCCAGGAUGGCAGCGUUUGUAUUCAGGAUAUUUUUGGUUCUUCUCUGGAUAGCAGAAGGAAGUGGAGAAGUGUCUUCCAUCUUUAUAUACAGUCUAUAGUAAGAUCGUUAUUAUAUUCCACCUUUAUCAUUUGGUCUUUGCUGAAUAUUUUCUACCAUAGAAAGUAAGAGAAAGCUUCUUGUAAACAAAGAGAGAGAACACGAGCCCCAGGCCAGAAACAAACUGCAGGAACAAGAUAUUGUUGCUGUUUUUUUAAAACGAAACAUUUCAGCCGGAAUCAGUUCAGGUGUUUUGUAACACACACGUGUUGGCCCAACUUAAAGUACCUUCUGAAAUCUCACAUGUAGUUCAAUGUGUUUGAAGUCUGGGUUAUGUCAUGGUUGUGUGCGGAAUGCAGUGACUCGAGUAUUUGUUACACAGCGUCAGUAAUGAUAGAUGUCAGAAGUUUGUGGGUCUCUGCUGUUGACAAAUUAAUGGCCCUCAUCAACACACCAUGUUCCCUUCAGGUAUCUUGUGUUGUCCUUCAUGCUUGUACACAUGGUCAAAGUCUGCACUGUUGUAGAAUAUGUUUUUUUACAUCAUGCAGUGUUUACAUUAUGUACUCAAGUGUUUUACUGAGUUUUCUUUUUUCUUCUUUUUUUUUAAACUUCUGACCAGCUGAUGCAAGAAAUUGAAUAAAUGUCAAACUGUCCCAUGUUGGCCGACAUGUUUGAAGAGUGACAUGAGGUAUGUCAGUGAGCUGAGUGAACUGUCUCUCUGUCGUAAUGUCUGUCUGUCUUAUGUCUGUCAAACGAUCACAAAGCUAACAAGCCGAUGUUUGGGUAGUUUAACAUUUAUAAUUUUUUGAAUCUCUCUAAGUAGCACUAAAUACAAUGUUAGAGCUGUGUCUAAUGAUAAUGCUUUUAUUUUUCGACUGUAAACCAAAAUACUGGACAAUUGUGCAUUUAAAAAAAA